AUGUGUUUUACAAAGGGGCAGCCCAAAGUCCUUCACACGUCAGAGGUCAAAGGAGCUGAGCUACAGGGGUGUCCACACAGGUCAGCCGACCAUUACUGGACCCCUGCUUCAUUCAGGGAGAACAACCCAGCCGAGCAUUACCGGACCCCUGCUUCAUUCAGGGAGAACAACCCAGCCGAGCAUUACCGGACCCCUGCUUCAUUCAGGGAGAACAACCCAGCCGAGCAUUACCGGACCCCUGCUUCAUUCAGGGAGAACAACCCAGCCGAGCAUUACCGGACCCCUGCUUCAUUCAGGGAGAACAACCCAGCCGAGCAUUACCGGACCCCUGCUUCAUUCAGGGAGAACAACCCAGCCGAGCAUUACCGGACCCCUGCUUCAUUCAGGGAGGACAACCCAGCCGAGCAUUACCGGACCCCUGCUUCAUUCAGGGAGGACAACCCAGCCGAGCAUUACCGGACCCCUGCUUCAUUCAGGGAGAACAACCCAGCCGAGCAUUACCGGACCCCUGCUUCAUUCAGGGAGGACAACCCAGCCGAGCAUUACCGGACCCCUGCUUCAUUCAGGGAGAACAACCCAGCCGAGCAUUACCGGACCCCUGCUUCAUUCAGGGAGAACAACCCAGCCGAGCAUUACCGGACCCCUGCUUCAUUCAGGGAGGACAACCCAGCCGAGCAUUACCGGACCCCUGCUUCAUUCAGGGAGGACAACCCAGCCGAGCAUUACCGGACCCCUGCUUCAUUCAGGGAGAACAACCCAGCCGAGCAUUACCGGACCCCUGCUUCAUUCAGGGAGGACAACCCAGCCGAGCAUUACCGGACCCCUGCUUCAUUCAGGGAGGACAACCCAGCCGAGCAUUACCGGACCCCUGCUUCAUUCAGGGAGAACAACCCAGCCGAGCAUUACCGGACCCCUGCUUCAUUCAGGGAGGACAACCCAGCCGAGCAUUACCGGACCCCUGCUUCAUUCAGGGAGGACAACCCAGCCGAGCAUUACUGGACCUGA